AUGGAAGCUUCCUGUAGUAGUAGGCUUCCAAAGGAUAUAUCAUCACUGGCUCUUAUAGCUCUGACCUAUGAGGUAUCCUCCGACUCUGAAACUGAACUGGAAGAAGUUUCCCCAGUAUCCAGCCUUGAUGAUGAUUCCUCUCGAUGGCAUGUCUUCUGCCUUCAGCAUGCUUUAGAAGUUAAACAGAAACUGGAUGCGCUUGGGGGCAUGCACAUGUUACUCCUUUGUCAUCCAGAUUAUCCCAAGUUUUUGGCUGAAACAAAAUUAAUGGCUGAUGAACUUGGGGAGGAUCACAUUUGGAGUGACAUUUCCUUCAGGGAAGCCGGGGAAGAAGAUAAGGAGAGAAUCAAGUCGGCUUUAGAUGGUGAAGGGUCCUUUCCUGGGAACGAUGACUGGGCUGCCAAGCUGGGGGCUAAUCUUUCUCGCAGUGCCAACCAAAGUCGACAUACUUCAGCUGACGUAACGCCUAGCAAAUCUUCAAGAAGUCACACAAUUUGCUUAUCCUCUGAGAGAACCAAAGGCACAUUGAAGAUGAAGAGACUUGCUGACAUUGAGCCUUCCUCAAGGGGCAAGUCUCCUGUAGCUGAAGAAUCUGGGAAGGCCCCUAAAGAUCAACGUAUUAUUGUAUACAAGAGGAGGAAUAAGCUCAAGGUAAAUCCAGUCCAGGAGGAGACUCCUCCACCUAAACAGGACCAGGACCAUGGCACUGUAAAGUCGGAAGGUGGACCGAGGACUAGACUCAGGUCAAGAACAAGGAAACACCCUCCAAAGAAGGCUACUCGGUGAAAAAAGGACCUCGUUUCUAGUUUAGAAUGUCCUUGGAAUUUCCUUCACAUUACCGUUGAUUCAGGCCGCUUGAUUAAGCCUUUUCAGUUUCAGAAUAGAAUUUCCAGUCACAAAGGAAUGUACAUA